AUAGUCCAUGAGAAAUUCUAUAUUUCAAAUACAAGUACAAAAAAAAUCACAACAUAGACAUUGCCUUGAUCGCAUAGUUUAUUUUUUGAUUUUUAUUUUUUUUCCAUUCAUUCUCUUUUACAGAAUCUUUUUUCUUAUCAUAGCAUUCAUGUGACGUGAAUCCAUGAGAUAUAUGACGCCCAAGACAGAAUGUUGCCUAUUUCAUCAGGUUGAUUGAAUUACCAGAAUUCAAUAGCAAACGCUACAAGUUUUUUUCUCUGAAAAUGACAGGCCAAUUUUUCUUUUAAAAUACCAAUUUUUAAAUGUAAAAAAGGAAUAAAAUUCCAAUGUAUUUUAUUUUUAUUAUUUCUAUUGUUCAAAAUGUCUUUUUGGUCAUAAUGUCUCGGUGCUUUUGUGUGUAUAUGAUAUGUUUAAAUUGUGUAUUACGUGAUCAUCGUCACAGAAGUAUGAAUAUUUUUGAGCCGGUUAUCGAAGAUUCGCGCGUUCAAUCUCAUGUAUUUCUCAAUGCCAAAUAUUCGAUGGAAAAUUGCAUUGAAAUAUCAUUGAAUGUGCCUCGCCUUUACUUUUAGUUGAAUUUUUGAUUUUUUCCCCAUUCUUCACAAACACACGCACAGGCAUCUACCGAAACUUGUUCUCUUUCGAUUCGUGGGGCAACCCAUUUUAGCUAUUAUUAUUUCCAUGGUAGCGAGAGCGCGAGGCCAAUCCACGACGACAACAACAACAACAACAAAUACAAAUACAAAUACACAAACACACAUAAGGCUUAUACGAUACCCUUUGGUAAACUUUUAUUGCAAAUGUCCAAUAGCACAGGGUGAAAUGUGAAAACUUUUUUGAUUUUCAUAGCUAGAACCAUGAUCUUUUAUGCAACAAUUGUGUUUAUUCAUUUGAUUAUUUUAUCAAAUAAACCAUCGAUCAGAUCGAUCCAUCAACUUUUUUAAACUUUUAUUCAAGUUUUAAAUUGUUAUUUCGCACGAACAAAGUGUAAAUUUGAAUAGUGGCAAUAUUUUUUUGAUCAUAUCGAUUUGUUGAUUACUACAACAUCAACCAACAAUGUUAAAACGGUGUUGGGCACCUUGUUUUACGCUCAAUUCUGGAUAUCUUGCUCUUGAAAAAGGAUCCAAAUUAAUUACAUAUUAUACGGCAACGAUACAUAUCUUGUUCUUAUUCUAUGGCAUCUAUUUACUGAUGGGAGGCCAAUCCGAUGCAUUUUUUUCACCAUUCUUCGAAUUUAGCCGUAAAGAUACUAAUAUUUUGGCAUUCCUAUUCAUCGCUUAUUGCAUUUUCUAUCUGAUAUUCUGUUCGAUUGGAUUGAUUCAUGCAAUUCACACGGAGACACGUUUCUUCUUUCUUCCAUGGCUUUAUUUUUCGUUAUUCGAGAUUCUAUUUUUAGCUUCAUUUGGCUCAUUUCUACUUUAUCGUUACUAUCAUAAUGAAUGGUCAUUAUUUGCAUUCAUCAUUAUUUGGGCCGUUGUUGGAUAUCAUUCCUAUUUAUAUACCAUUAUCCUGUCAUUGUAUUAUUAUAUCAAAAAACUUCAGGAACCUAAUUUUAUCGAAAUAUACAACUAAAAAAAAAUAAUCAUGUCCAUUCAUUUAAUAUUUUGAUUCCAUUAUUACCUCUAAUCAUUUCGGCGCCAUUUUUUUAUA